UGGGGUGGCAGAGGGGGGGUCCCAGCAGGGCCCUGGUGCUGGGAGGCAGCGUGGGGAGGGAGCAGCUGAGUAAGACAGGAAGGCACCGUGCCGUGAUGUGUCCCUCUGCCGUCUCAUAAGAAACCAGAGCAAGGUGGUAAAAGAAACCUCAGAAGCCCUACGAAAGCAGCACCAACAGCACGCUGGAAAUUGUUAGUAAGAGGGGCCAUCAGGAGGAGGGGGAAAAAACCUGCGCGGGCUGCAGAUGGGCUCCCGCACCCAGCGAGCACACACGGUGUCUGGACAUCGCCAUUUUCAGGCAGGCUUUUGCUUUCCCUUUCCCACACCGAGCAUCCUACAGGGCUGCAGCAUCACCUUGCUGCUCCUGCCCGUUCCCCUUGGCACUGGGCUGCCUCCUCCGGGCACGGCUCAGCACCCGGAGCCACGGUGGGGCUGGGGCAUGGUUCAAGCCAUGGGGUUAUUCCACAAACCUCUUAGGAAGGUGGGACCCGAGCCCUGUUCCCCUGGAAGGACUCCGUCUGCUGCUGCUCACAGGCGCUGUGCACAACCUGGGCCCUUCUCCUGCUGGCAUGAUGUAGAUCGAUUCUGUCAAGCAACCCAGAUCCUUUCCUUCCCCUCUGCCACAGCCCCAGAUUCAUUUUUUUUUUCUCCCCGUCUUGCUCGUGUAGAUCCUUAAGUGAAUUUGGCGAUUAACACAUUCUGCCCUCUCUCCCCAAGUUUGGAAUAGCAGGACUGAUUAGAUUUCCCCCGAACAUCUGAAGGGCUUCUCGGCCGGCAUGCAUCAGCGAGAUAUGCAUUUCAUUAGCCGUCCUAGAUGCAGCCCAGGGGCCUUUGAAGAAGGCAGAUUGGGUUUUGGGACAGAAUUAGUAAAUGCUAUUCUAGCUGUUUGUAAUUGCUUUAGGGUUAAAUCUUCCGAGAGCCGGGCAGUAAGAGGAGCCGGGCAUUUCUACUUUUCAUCUUAGUAAUGGAGAAUUGGUGCCCCCCCCCAACAAAGGCGGCAGUGCCGGAGCUGUGACAAUGCGAGCCCCAAAAGCAAAGGGGAAAAUCCUUCCCCUGUGGGGCACGAGUCCCGGCCCUGUGGGACCGGGGCCAGAGGGGAGCUGAGUGCCGAGGGGGUGCAGGUGCCCCUUGCUGGGAGUUUCCGUGACGCUGACGCUGUCCCCGUUGUGUCACCGCUUCGCCCCGAUGUUUCCGGAGGCCGUUACCCUCCGCAACGGCGACAUUGCCUUCAGGGAGCUGCUGGAGGCUGGACAAAGCGCCAUCUGUUUCGCUUGGGCAGUGGGAAUCCCAGCUCUCGCUCAAGCUGGGGCUUUGCCUGCGAGCCCCCAAGGUUUUGCCAGGACAGAGACCCCAGGUGGGGGCCGGGGGUUGAUCUGGGACAGCGAAGGAGCCACCGCUGGAGCAGGGAUGCUCGUGUGGGCAUCCUGCCUCCAGCAGGGCUUGGCAGGCAGGUGUUGUCCUGCUGCCUUGGUCCACACUUGCUGGGUGCUGACCACAACCACAGGGCCGUUGGCCUCCCCAAAUCCCACCGCCCCCCCCGGCUUUCCAACGUUCGCCCUUUUUGGCACUGGUUUUGUGUUUUUUUUCCCAGCAAGCCGAGCUCUCGGCAGCCUUCUGGGAAAACGGAGGCCGGGGCUUUCCGUGGGAGCCAGGGGCAGGUAAGGUGUUAGAGAGGAUGUGUAAAGCACGGGCUCGCCCGAACGCAGCGCGUUUCCGCUGCUGCAGCGCCUCGGUUUUUGGGGCAGGACGGGUGCGCGCUGGGGAACGCGUGCCCUGCGAGCGCCGCUGCUGCUCCGUGUCCCCCGGACACGUGGAGCUGUGGCUGUCACGUAGCGGCGGCGUUUCUGCUGCUGGAUAAGUUCGGCAUCCAGACGUCUUUUGGGCUUAAAACCUGCUUUUUCAGUAAAUGCCGGGGUCUCGCGCUUUCUUUUUGCUGAGCGUUUCUGGGUGGCGAUCCUCAGUAUUCGUGAAUGGGUCUGUGCGAGAGCCCUAACGGCGAUUCCUGCGGCAGCCUGGCUGCGAGCCACGCAGGCUGCACUUCCCAGCUCCGCCGUGUCCCUGCCAGUGUCCCCAGAGGUCACCGUUUCCUCCCGCUAGUGACAGCGCGGCGGUGGGGACAGCAGAUAGGCUUUAGGGCGAAGGGCCGGAGGCUGAUGGCAAUCCUUCGUGAGCCCCCCCAGAGCUCAGAAAGGUGAGAAGCAAAGCCACAACCCCACUAUUUGACACCCACUGAAGACCCUCUCCCAUCAGCUGCUGGCUGCUGCCCCCUCUCCAGGCAGCAGCCCACCAGGGGACGUGCCACGUCCCCGCGGGAUGGCAACCCCGUGAACUUCCCAGCUGGGGGCCUUCACCUCGGCCACCCCCACGGGCACGGAGCAGCCCCGGCAGGAGGAAGCCAUCCGUUCUUUUAUGUGCGAAGGCACGCUGGGCGGAAACGCUUGGAAAGGGCCCCGAAAGGACAUUCCAAGUCUGGCAGGAAAGCGGCCCGCUCGUCUGGCAGGAGACGGGCUAUUGUCUGUGCCGGUGGCCAGAGGGAUUCCUUGGGCCUGUGUGGAAGGAGAAAACCUGUGCGUGGCCUAUUUUUUUUUUCCUCUGCCCUCUCCCGAGGGGGUGCUGGGGGCACAAGCGUGGUGGUGGCGACGCGUGGCUCCUGCCCGUGAUGCCUUCACGCCGCCCUGGCUCUUGGUACCCCCUCCAGUUUUUGCCCUUGGCCAUGCUUUGUGCUUUCUCCCUGGCUGGGGAGGGAUAUAUAUGAACUGAUAAUUUUCUGCUGUAAUUGUGUAGAAAGAGGAAAAGUAAAAAGCUGACAGCCUCCUGGCUCCCCUGGUCUACGUGAUGGGGCCAGUAAUAAAAUCUGGGCAGCCCAAGUCGCCCUGUCAAACAUUGGGAUGCUCUUCUUGUGUCCCACUUCUGCCGAGUCCUUGGCAUUGCAGUCCCAUGGGGAGGGAACAGCCCUGGCUGGAGGCAGGAUGAACCCCGGGGUGAGCAGGGGUGCAGGACCCAGCCUGCCCCUGCGCUCACCCUCUCUCCUGGGCGGAAUUGCCCAAAUGGGAUCUUCUCUGUCACUCUUCCUCACAGCUCAGGGGAGUCUGUAUGCUUGUGGCUUUCUGCCCCCUGCACUCGCUGGUGUUUUUACAAGAGUUUGGGUUUCACCGAGCCUCAGCGCAUGCGCCCCAGCCCUGCCGAGCCGUAGGCAGCCGCCCUGCGAGCACAAACCCUCCGUACCCAUCCCACAGCACACAUUGCUGCCUUUUUCCCCCCAUUUGUGCAACUGGGACAACCAGCCCGCAGGCAGGAGAGGCUCUGGGGGCCGGGGGGGGUCAGCAGGCGGCACACACUCAUCCCCCCCCCCUCCGUGGUGCCAGGCUGCUGCCGGCUCUGCCCCUGCCCCUUGGAGCCGUUGUGCGAUGCAGACGGGGCAGAUAGGAUCAGCGUGCAGCCAGGAAGGGUGGCACAGCACACGGGGAGAAUUGCAGGACGUGCCAUUGAGGGGUGCUAACGGAGGAGGAAAGCGGCCCGGCAAUACGCUGUCGCCGUCCCGAGGUGGCAGCCCCUUGGGCUGGAGGUUUAGCUGGCACAAAGCGGCUGGUGGAUGUUUUAGGGCUUUGGUGGUCGCAAUAAGCCCCCCUCGUGCUGCCCAAAGGCUCCUGGGGGCACCUUAUCACCCCCCCCCCCCCCCCCCCCCCCCCCGUGGGCUGGUGGCACUCAUUUGUUGUGAAUCCUGCCUGCGCUGUGACUCCCCAGGCGGGCACUUCUCAUCCAUGCGCCGUUCGCUCCGUUCCCCUCCACCCUUCAUUAAACGGGAAACAUUAAAGGUGAAGAUCUGUUACAUGAAGACAUGUUCCCGGUGCCAAGGCAAUUGUCCCCGUCCCUAUUGUCUGCGCAACAGAGGAGCCCUUGAGCUGAGCACCUGAGACUGCCGGCACAGGCCUGGUACAGAGCGAGCCUGUAACAAGAUAACUGUGCGCUUUUCUCCUUUUUCUUCUCCAUUUUUUUUAUAUAUAUAUUUUUUUCUGUUCGGCAAACCUUACAAUAAACCCACAAUGAGGCCCCUUUCAACAGCCCCCUAUUAAAGCACCAGCCCCAUUUUAAGAGUAAACUUCCAGCGGCCCCGGGAGGUUAAGGACAAUGGGAAGGUGACCUGCUGGAGGAGUGGGAUUUGAUAGGAGAUGUGUUCCUGGAGGGGAGAGCAGGGGCAGGAAGGCGAGGAGUGGGGUUUUUGCCUUUAAAGACAGGCUGAAGGAAGGUGCAGGGGUGCUGUCACUGCUUCUCCUCUCCCAUGCUGGGUUCAGGUUGUUGCUGUUGCUGCUCCCCCAGCUUCGGUCCGUGCACGUGGAGCUGCGCUCAGCACCCAGCCAAACUCCCAUCUUUAUUCCCGUUUUUAUGCCUGCAUCUUCCCCUGAAUUAUAAGAAUACCUGAGGCAAUGAGCACCAUGCUUUGGUGCCUCAGUUUCCCCGCCUGCAGCACGGUGAGAGCACAGGACCACGGGCCACAUCCUGCCCCUUGCUGCUCCCCCAGCUCCGGCUCCCAGCGGCUCGAUGGGUGCAGCACCCGCAGCCACAGGGCACGGCUUCCCGCUGGCUCCCCGCCAUCCCCAUUUCGGUGCCAAAAGCGCCCGGCCGAGGCGUGCCGAGGGCACACGGGGUGUGUUUUUAUUCCGGUGGGGCUGGGAGGGACGCGCGGUGGCAGUGCCCGGGGUCCCCUCCUGGCCGCCCCCCGAGGUGGGCUGGGGGCAGGAAGGGGCGACGCGGGCGGUGCUGCAGGAUGCGGGCAGAUCCCGUGCGAUGCCGGGGCCGGGAGGAAGCCCACGAGCCCGGAGAGCGCGAUGAUUUGUUCAGAGAAGGGCAGGGAACUGAGAUUAAAAAAAGCCCUGCUAAGAUCAGAAACUCUGGCGCGCACAGUGCCCCAUUGUUGAGCUGUCACACUUCCCUUUACUUUAUUGCUUUUGUCCAACACCCUAUUGUUCCACUUCCUUUUGUCCCCUAUUCAGAGCCCUGGCUUUUCAUUACCCAGCCGGCCUUGUUGUUUUCGUUUCUUUUGUUUGAAGUUCCUGAGAGGAAGGUUUUAUUUUCAGCGGGUUGAUUAAUUCGCAGCUUGAGCUGGCCUUUGUUUGUUGUGUCACCGCUGCCCCGAGUCGGGCAGCCGGCUUCGGCCUCCAGCCCGAGCUGCCCGGCUCCCGUUUUGGGGGGCCCCGAGAUUCUGAGGGGCAGGCGUGAACCCCCGGAGGGUGCAGGUCUUGGGGGUCCCUGCUGUGGGGUGCAGACCCCCCCCUUCCCCAGCACACCGUGGCCCCUGCAGCCCCUGUGGUCCUGCACCCUCCAGCCUGGAUCCCGGCGAUGCAAACCCCGUCCUUAAUGGCCUCCUUUCCCCUUUAUUCCUCCCUGAAAGGCGAGCUUGGGGAGGGCGGUGUUUGCUGCCAUUCGUGCUGUGCAGCCUGAGGGUUGGUGGCCCAGGAGGGGAAAUCCCUGCUAGGAGCACCGCAGUCGGGCUCUUCCCCUUGCCCCUGUGCAAUCCCGUUGCAGGGGAUGCGGUCCAGGCUUGUCCCAUUUGGGAAUUCAGCCUCUGCCACCCGGCACUGGCAGACCCUAUGGAAAAGGCUGACCGUGGCGAUGCUCGGUGUCCCCUCGGGUCGCUUCAGAGCCCCGCAGUACUCAGCCAAGGGCCAGCAGCCCCAGCACGGUCAUGGAAACCCCGCAGAACAGUGAGAGCACAGCUUCAGCAAGACCAUUGCCCCUGCAAACCAUUAGCAUGGAGCACCCUGCUAUGGGGCAGGGCUGGGCAAAGGGGUGCCCCUGCUCUGGGGGGGAGCAGAGGGACCCCAUCUCCCCGCUGACAGCCCCGCCACC